AAAAAAGAAAUAGUUGAUAUUGACAAUAUUGCAAUAAUAUCCGUUAAUCAAGAAUUGAAUGGAUAUUUAUAAUAAAAAUAUAUAGUAAAAAUAUGUUGCUUAAUAAGAAUGUAACCGAAAACAAGUAUGUCAUCGUAAGUUUACGUCUAUAUAUGCAGAUAAGUUACAAAUAUGAUAGAUGACAGACGACCUGGUAGUGAACUGAUCGUAAAAAUAAACAGUGCGAAAGACGUGGUAACUGAAGUGAAAAGGGACGUUGUCGUGUAAGAAACUUAGACAAAGAAAGAUAGCUAUACACAUGUGAGACGCAUGGGAGAGCGAGAGAUAUGAUCGUGGUAGCAAAAGAUAAGACAAGGAUAGAGAGAGCACCGGGUGGAACGAACGGCAAACCAGAACUGGGUGUCGUAAGGUAAUCGUUGAAUGCUUUGAGUAUUCGUGUGUGUUCUGACUUCGGUUCUCAUCUUCUCUCAAGAAUGUAUAUAUUAUGCGAAGUUCUACGUUGAUCAUGUGUUCCACCCAACGUUACGCGGGAAAUGUGAUUGUGUUUUUAUUGUGAUAAGGAAAAUAUAAAAAAAUAUUGUUGUGACAAGGUGAAUCUAUAUUCCUGUUGUGGAUCUAUCAAAAUAACCGCCAGCGAAGGAAUAAGUCCUGUCGAUCAUUAUGGCGAGUUUUAAAGAUUUAAAGGAUGAUUGGUUGACAUUAUGUCAGGAUUGUACUGAUUGUUGGACACCUUCCGAUUUACAAUUAGCGGCAGAACUUGGAAAAACGCUUUUGGAACGGAACAAGGAAUUGGAAAAUAUUAUUAAAGCGCAUCAAUCGACCGUGGAGGAACAAGCACAAGAAAUAGAGUAUAUGAAAAAACAAACCGCUGCCCUUAGAGAAGUAAACGAUUCGCGACUGAAAAUUUACGAGCAACUCGAAGUCAGUAUUCAAGAUUUGGAACGUGCAAAUCAUCGUCUGGUAAUUGAGAACACCAGCGACAAAAAAUUGAUCAAGAGUCAAUGUUUAACGAUCGAGAGUCUAGAAGCGAGGUGCGAGGAACUUCAGAAGAAAAUCGACGAGAUAAACGAACAACAUGAAAGUCUGCUCCGGCAACAAUCUACGAGUCAAUCGACUAACAACAUCACACAAACACACACCAUUCAUUGGAAAGUAUCGGUCACGCAGGGUAGCAGCACACAACAGAACGCUGCUCCGUCUGGUCAGAAAUCUUUCCAAGAGGCAAAUGCGGAUUCGAGCGUGCGACAAUUACCGACGAUCCCAACGAACGACGAGGAAAUUACCGAAUUGUUGAGACAGUUGCAAGAAGCGCGAAGUCAGAGGGCGAGAGAACAGCAAAAGGUCACCGAGCUUCGACAACAAUUGGCAUCUCUGUUGCAAGAAAAUAACGCGUUGGAGGAACAGUUGAACGUUUGGCGUAAUAAAGCACAAGACGUGAAAAAUCUUCAAGAGGAGAUAAAUACUCUCGAAGAAGUAAGACGGGGUCAAUUGUGCGGGCGAUGUUUACGCGGAUUGGACUCUAAGACGCACGACGAACUCUCUGUAAUGUUGAAUCAAGAGGAAUACGAUGAUAUUAGCAUGGCUGAAUCGCUUAUGAACGAUAGUCAACGUGACGCUGAGUCUCUCACUCAGGAAUCGAACGAUCAAAACGAAGUGUCAAACGACAUGAAGAACCCUUAUAGAGUGCUAGUGGAGAAAUAUCAAGCCCUGUUAGAAGUUCAAAGACGAUCCGCGCUUCGGCGGAAAGAUAGCGUGCCAACGCCUAUGUCGUUGCAAGAAGAAUUAGAGAUGUCGGGUGAAUUUAACAGCUUUCAGAGUCCGACGUUGGAAACGGAGAUUCAACAAGAGCCGGCAAAAUCGGCCGUUGGAAACGCGACACGUGCCAAAACAGAGAUGUGCGGUAAAAAAGUGUUUUCCGCCACUCCCACAGAUUUUUCCGAAGCCGAGACCUCGUCUUCCGGUUUUUUGGACGAGACGAGUAACAAAGCGACGCAAACCGAGGGAAGGCCUGGCUCGUUUCUCUUCUCUUUUGCGGACGGUGAGGAUUGCAAGUUCAGCAUUUACGACGACAAUAGCCCGUUCGAGAGUAGAUUCCGGAAAACACCGGAAUACAGACAAUUAUUCAGUGAAAUAUUCCGAGUCUUGAAACGAGCGGCAGAAGCUAAGGACGAAGGUGAAAAAUUACCUUUAUUGGACGAUUCUACGAGUACGACCAAUUCUCAGCAACAAUCUGUGCUCCAAGAUGAUGUUCCUAGCGAAACUACUGACGAUAAUCAAAGCGUUUCCUCGUCUAUUUUUUCAUCCGCCGUAUCCGAACCACCAUAUAUAGUACAAAUCUCAUCGAAUGGAGGAGUAAACGAACAACAAAACGGUGAAGUGACACUGGCGAAGAAUGGAAAGAAUAUAAUUCGAAACGUAAAUCGGUCGGAUUAUUUAAUGCUUAACAGUAAAAAGAAAUCGAAAAAACAUUCUUCCGUUAGUAAAAAGUUAACCUAUAACGAUAGACCAACGACACCUGAUGUGAUUCCAACGACAAAUCCCAAGUUCGUUCCACCGAAAUCGAACAGCGGGGGAAAGAAAAAAUUCAGACCUUUCACAAUCGCCGAUCAAAAUAGUAGCACGUGCAACGGAUACAGCUAUCCGAACAAAACGAAAGAAUCACCUCCUAAUUCAGCCGCAAAAUCUUCGAAUAGCGUGGGCAACAACAAUGGUCAACACAACAACAGUUUCGAGUAUAGAGACUAUAAACCGAGCACAGCGUCGGUAGAAGUAGCCCGAUUAAAACGUUUAGAAAUGUCUUAUGCGGAAGUUCUUCGAUUGCCAAAUAAAUCUAAAAUGAACAAUCAUCGUAGAAGCUAAAAUUCUUCUUAUAUACUACGAUACCUUGAAGGAGGAAAAAAAGGAGACUUUUAUACGUAAGAUAUAGUCAAGUGAAAGAUUAAGUUCAAAAUUUGUUAAGUUUAACCUCGUAAAACGAAUACUUAGGACGAAAUUAAAUUAUUUCACAGAAGUAAGAUUUACAGUAUUGAUAAUCAGUGCUAAUUGAACAAAUUUUGUGAAUAUUUAAGAGGAGCGAUUGCGUGCAAUGUCACUAGAUACUAAAUUAUUUGAAAUUAAUUUUUUUAUUGUAUUUUGUAUAUCUUAAUUGUAUAGGUUUUUUCAUGUGAAUGUGCGUGGGCAACAAAGGUACACAACGUUAAUAUACAUAUAUUAUUAAUAGCAUCUACCGGAGAUUUAUGAAUGGUAUAAAUCGAGUCGUGCCUCGCGAGUUUGUUUUUCUUUAGAAAUUGUAGUUGUGAUCAGAAAUAAAAUUAUUUAUGUGCCAUUUA